AUGGCACCUAAAAAAUCAACUAUUGAUAAAAAAAAGACAGCUAGAAAAUUUAUAAGAGAAAAACGCAAAACCCUCGAUUACCUUACUGAUGAAUUCCUUACAGAAUUGGACGAGUUGGUGUCCUUCCGUCGAGAUGCUAAAGAACGACGUUUGAAUGAUUAUAGUAGUGUUACUGGAAUACCUGCGGACAAUUGUGACGGUGGAUGCUCUGGUGGAGACAAUAACUACCAAGAGCAGCAACCAGUAGCUCUUAGUGAAUCUGAAACCGAUACUGAAGUCGAAGCUGUCAUCAGUCAGUCCAACACUACAACUGUCAACGACAAGAUCCAGUACAGGUCCAAGCAAAAGAAGUCCUUUUUGGCCUGGAAAGAUCUCAUGAGGGUCUUGCCAAAAGCUUACCUUGCUUUCUUGAGUAGAAAUGGUGGCAUCCCCACAAUGAUAAGUGAACAUCCUGGUUCUCUGGUUCCCUUUGUGAAAGCUAAAUGCGACUUCCAAUAUUGUGGAGGCUGUAAGACAUUGCCUGUUGCAUUGGUGGAAGCAGGCAUGUUCCCCCUAGCACCAAUCAGACCUACGGCUGCAUUGCAUUUCAGCCUUUGUGAUUUUUUUGUCAACCUAAGAAACAUCUUUGCAGGCUCUGCUGAAAAAAUUGCAGAAUUCUAUAAGGUCUGCGCAAAUCAGACAGCUCAGACCAAUCUCUCGGCUGAUAGAUGCUCCAACAGCAUCAUUCUAUACAACAAGAUGGUCAAGUUGUCUGAACAGUUGGUGAUGGGGGAUAUUUCCACAUCAUGUGCUGCUUGUCCUGAGGACAAUUGA